UCGCUUACAUUAAUAAAUGUGGUAUUAUCUAUGCAGACUUCAUAUCAAAUCUAAACCACCUGCAAGCAACACACUUUCAAUUCUGUUGUUGGAGGCAUCCCGAUAUCACUUCAAGUAAUUUGUUUAGAAGGUUCAGACUUCAACAAAUAUGAUUUUACAAUAUCUCAUAAUGAUGAUCGUUGCCAGUGUAUGCCUUUUAGAUGUUAAGAUGUUUGCAAUAGGAGAGGGAUGUAUAGAGUCCAACUUAACAGCAAAGGUUGUCCAAGGUUGUCCCAAAACAGCUGCAGAGUGGGCGACUGCGGCAUCAAAGAAAGGUUGUCGUCACAUAAUAAACAGCUGCGGGGCAUUUGAGUAUCACUGUGUGGCUAAUGCAUGGCAGAAUGAAACAAUAGAAGUCUGUUCAAGAGUCAUGAAUAUUGUAGGAAAAGUGUGUGCAGAAUACAGUUUAGGUGGACGUAGAAUACAGCGGAAUAGGAAUGCAAAGUGCGCUACAUGUCCUGAUGUUUAUCUAUCAAAUGAGAGUUACAAAUACUCAGAAUGUUAUAGCCAAGCUUAUCAACGUCGACAGACAGCUAAACCUAAUAUCACCACGUCGUCCAGCAUAUAUACGGCGAAUGGGGGUAAAUCUACAACAUCGUCAACAUUGCUUGUCCAUAUCCAGGCAGUGCCGACGUCAGAAUCACAUCUCACCCAUAAAAUUAACCAUACGAACGCAGAAAAUCAAAAGCAGGAGUCAUCCCCCGAAAAUACUGUUCUUCUUUGUGUGAUCAUACCCGUAGCAAUAGCAGUUUUCAUCCUUUGUCUGAUAUUCCUUGUAUACAGAGUUUGCAAACAUCGGGGAUUUUGUUCCUUGAAAGGUAUUUGUUCAUCCCUGUUCGCAACAAAAUACGAAUCAAAGACACCACGGCAUCCUGACAUCAAUAUCCAAGAUAAUGGAGGCAAAGUUGAGGGGUUCACGGAAGAAGAUCCAUUGACAGUAGAUAUGCGAGUAGUUUGAGAUGAUGAUAGUAAAUGAUGCGUAUGUUGACUGAAUAAUGGGAUAUCAAAAUUAACUGAUUAAUGAAUACCAGCUUAAAACUGAUUGACUAAUGACAAAUUGAGAUUGACUGAUCAAUGACAGGUUGAAAUCGACAAUGAAGGACAAAUUGAAAGAUCAUGCACGAUAUUGAGGAUGAGCAAAGCAAGACUGACUGGAAAUCGUCAUAUUGAAAUUGACUGACUAUUGACAUCAAAAUACCUUAAGAAUGCCAAAAUUGAUCCGGUCAGAUUGACUAACUAGUUCCAGAUUGGCCAUAUUGACAAAUAUGAGUUUUGAAUUGACUAACUGAUGUCAAAUUAAGAUUGACUAACUGAUGUUUGAUAAGUUUAGUGACUGUGGUUAGAUAUUGACUGAGUAGUGUUAAAUAAAGAUUAAGUGAGUGAUGUUAGAGAUUGACUGAGUGAUAUUAGAUAGAUAUUGACUGAUUAAUAUUAGAUAUUGCCUGAUUGACGUUCGAUAGAGAUUAACUGACUGAUGCUAGAAAUUGCCUGACUGAUGUUAGUUGUAGUUUUUAUUGAGUGAUAUUAUAUCAAUGACAGGUUGAACAUUUUACUGAUGGCAGCUAUAUUUCAUGUCAUUGCAUUUUUACUCUUUAUCUGUAUCCAUUGUAUUACUAUGUUCAUUUAUUUGCUCUUUAAUGUGAACCAAUAUACCAGUGCCAAAUGCUGUUAAAAUAAAUGAAACGGAAGUUGAAA